AUGUUCAACAUAUCAAACGGCUCGCCGGGAUUUGGGCCCGGCCCGUUGCGCUUCUUAUUCAAGAUUGAUUUCAUCAAGCCGAACUACGACGAGCAAUCGGAGAUUCGCAUCCCUGAUCAGAAAUGGAUUCCUCCCACGAUUCCUCAAGCAAUUACCACGGUAGGAACCACUGGCUGGUUCCAAUGGUCAUCAAACGGCGUGAAUCCAGCGAUGAGUACCAGCGAGACAGAUUUUCAAGUUUGCUCAUUGUUCUACAAUUCGGAGCAUUCCCACUUCCAAGGGGUGCCUUUCGACUGUCGCAAAUAUAGCGUGAAAGAGUCGCGCAUGAGGGACGGUAUCGGUUGGCGAAGAGUGAUGUUUCGAUACUCUCUCCACAGCUCUCGCCUCCCCAUCUCUAUCAUGGGCUUCGAUUCAGCUUACAACGUACUCGCCGGAAAGGGUUCCAGUUCCUGGAUGCCACAGCUCAUUCCCGAAACGUACGAUAACAACCAAGACGAAAACUGUUCUGAACAUACUGGAAUUGCCGGGGAUCUCGCCCUCCUUUUAGCCUUUGUUGCUUUCUCCUACACCAUUAACCCUCAGGACCCCAAUAUGGUCCUGUGGGUCAUCCAUAAUUGCUUCAAGCCCCCGGUGUGGAACCGUCAUCCAUGUACUGCUCCAAGGAAACACGGCACGGGGGUAGUGGUAUCUAUCAGACUCGACCCCGAGUCAAAUAUCACAGCGGAAGAUUUGAGAAACUAUCAGAAAGGCUACUACGGACCCUUUAUCCAACCCUAA